ACGGACAACAAUAACGAACGGCAUUCGCUGCGCUUCCGUUGCCCAUGACACCGGAGCGAAGUUCUGACAGCUGAUUCUCCAAUCAGUUUAUAUCCACUCGGAGCUCCCAAAUAAUCACUUUUGAAGUUAUUUACAGUCGGACGUACCUCCUUUCACCUCCGGCUGGAGUUGCAGACAGCGCCUUGAACAGAGGAGGGCGGCUGAUUAUGGUGUAGCAAGGAGCGCUAGCCCUGAGACAGCAGGCUUUUGAGCAGCAGUGCAGUGCGGCAGAGUGCAGCGUGGGGCAGACCGAGGCAGAUCACAGCAGCUUAGCCAUGCUUACGUUGGCCAGUAAGCUGAAGAGGGAUGAUGGAGGAAAGACGGGCCGUGCCUCUGGAGCCUCCGACUCCACCCAUAGGGUCUCCAUCAGGGACCGCCUCCUUACCAAAGAAGUUGCAGAACUUGAAGCCAAUCUCCCUAGUACAUGCAAAGCCAAUUUCCCAGAUGAGGACAAGCUGCAUCAUUUUCAGCUGGCAGUGUCUCCUGAUGAGGGUUACUACCAAAGUGGAAAGUUUCAGUUUGAAAUAGAUGUCCCAGAAGCAUAUAACAUGGUGCCUCCUAAAGUGAGAUGUCUGACCAGAAUAUGGCAUCCCAACAUCACAGAGAAUGGAGAGAUCUGUUUGAGCUUAUUGCGGGAACACUCUAUUGAUGGCACAGGCUGGGCUCCCACUAGAACAUUAAAGGACGUUGUCUGGGGAUUGAACUCCUUGUUUACGGACCUGUUGAACUUUGAUGACCCUUUGAACAUCGAUGCAGCAGAACAUCAUCUGAGAGACAAGGAGGAUUUUCGGAAUAAGGUUCAAGAUUACAUCAAGCACUAUGCCAGAUGAUAGAAGCAUCGGCGACCUGCGUUAGCCUGCACCAACCAACCAAACUGCUCUACCUUGCCUCUGCUUAUCUUGGCCAACGUCCCCCCACGUGUGUGAAUCAACAGCUGACUCUUUGACUCUUACCACUCUCCUUCACAGCCCCACCCAUGCCCUGCUGUUCACCAGAUUGCAAUAAACUCCACAUUGCGGGAACGAAAUGAAAAAAGAAAAAAAAAUGAUGCAUUUAAAGAAAGACUUGCAUUCAAAAGAAAAAUAUGCUUUAAUUAUCCUAAUCGAUUGAGUGUUACAAUGACCGCCAUGUCUGUUCAUUGUGACAAGGUUACUGUGUGACGCAGCCUCCGUGAGCUGUCCCUGAGCCUGUCGGAAUUGAGCCAUGGCAACGACUGGCAAAGGGUUCGAUGUGAUGAUUCACCGGCACAAAAAAAUAAAAAAUAAAUAGAAGGAAGUCAUGUUCAGCUGUUAAAAUGUUGACGAAUCAAGAGAAAGAAUAUCUGUUGCUAUCAGUUCUCUGUUCCAGUGCCUGCUAUGUUUGUGUCGCUAACAAGAAUAUGCAUGUGAGUUCACAAACACACACACACCCACACACACAAACACAGUGUCACAUCCUGUAGUGAAAGGUAAACAUACACACCGUACACUUGUCUAUUACUCACACACAAGUUGGAAAGCCCCCAGCCCCACUAGACAGCAUGUGAAUGACCACAUUGUCCCGUUCUGUUGUCAUUCUUCUUGCAUGUGCACACACACACACACACUUAGAUCCAGACCCUCUGUGCGUUUUCAGCUCCAGAGGGAUAAAGUGCGACUACUAAAACCGCAGCCAAAUGUAUUGUACUGUUUUCAGUGUCACCUCCUCUGUGCUCCAAGUCCUCCUCUCCUCACUGUCCUUUUUUGUUUUUCCUCCAUCUGUCUCUUGUUUCACACACACAGACACACAGUCGACCACAUGUACGUUUUCAAUGAGGAUGGAGAAGUUCAUUCAUACUUACAGUGCAGUCAUUAAGUACUGUGACAGUGACAUUUGUGUGUGCUCGCUCUCUGUAGGUUUGAAAUGAAACAAUGACUACAAGUUUAAAGGACUGAUUCAAAUUUAAUUUCAUGAGAGAUAAACGGUGUAGGAAUUAUAGCUAGUCGUGAUGAGAUUUAUCAUCUGCAGCUCCCCUCAGCUUUGUAGAGAAUAGUUUUCGUUCAUCGUUUUGCUGUCCAGCCAACAGUUUAACUGUUUUGGUUCACUUCAUUAUUUAAUUGUGUUGUUUUUGCAUGCAGCAGAUCACACAGCUGGCAGUCACAGUUUGCAGCUAGCUGAUGACACAGUUUGCAGCUAGCUGAUGAAAACAGCAGAGCAUUUAGCAGCUAAAGAGUUAGAUAUUUCCAUCAGGAGUGGAAUAAACCAAAAGCAGCUAAACAAGAAUUAAUGUUGCACAUAUGUUUACCAGGUGGCCAGAAACAGGAUCCUACACCAGGGAUACUCAACUUGCUUUGCCUGGGGGCCAAAUUUGCAACUGAGAUGAGCUCAGGGGCCAGUUAAUGAACAAAAAUUACCAUUAUUUCUCAGAUGAAAUGAACGAAUGAGGCAAAUAAAUUCAGUCACAGCAUCCCCGCAUAGAUUAGGUGUGCAUAGGGGUCUUUCUAGGAUUUGAGGACAGUGGGGAAUUCUCCCAGACCUCUGUUGGCAGGUGCACUUUAAAAAUAUAGAUAUAUAUAUAUUGAUGCUUUUCUUAUGCAGUCUGGUAUCUUAUUUACAUUUAAAGUAAAAAAAAAUAUCCCAAUUUUAAUCAAUUUAUUAUCAAUGUGAAUUAGAAAAUGGUUGGCGGUCCACCUGGCACCCAGUUGAGGGCCAGAUUUGGCCCAAGGGCUGUAAGUUGAGUAUCACUGUCCUACACUGUUUACCCAUCAUGGAUGUGAACACCUUAAAACACUCCUGCAGCUAAAAGUCAGCACUUUAACUUCAGUUCUUGUUUCAUAUCAUUGUCAUUGUGCUGCAGUAGGCUACAGAAAAACAAAUCCAUUUCACUGUCCCAAGACUUUGUGACUGCACGGUACGCACCUUGUCAUUGUGGUUGCUGUGGGAGAUUUCCCAAGCUAACAUGCAAAGUGUGUCUUUCUGGAAGGAAAGAACUCCAUUGUCUCUUUCUCUUUGUGUGUAUGGCCUGUAUGUUUUCACUGUCUGGAUAUGUUUGCAUAAAGGCAGUUAGGUGGCAAGCUAACUAGCUAGAGGGCGGGCUAGCAGCAGGUAACACGCUAGUGAGUGAUCUUACUAGCUAGCUAGGCAGCUAAUGAGUGGGUGGCUUUCAGUUGGUGCAAGGGACUCCUUGUUUUCAUCACGUAUGAAAACGCUGGAGGUGUUGCACUUCUUGCACACUGGACAGGUUCAGAGGACUGAAAUAAGCUGCUCACACUAGCUCACUUGCUAGCAUGCUUAUUAGCUCACUCGGGAGCUUGUUAGUUUGCUAGUGAAGUUGUGUAGGUGCUGCUAUUCCACUGCCGUUGUGGAUUUUGGCCAUAAAGUGCAUGUUCAUUUUGUGUGUGAAAAUGAAAGAGAGGCUGUCACUCAGUUAGCCAGUGAGGGUGUGGUCUGCGUAUGUUAGUGUGCGUGUGUGUGUGUGUGUGUGUGUGUGUGUGUGUGUGUGUGUGUGUGUGUGCGUGUUUUGCUCGGCCCUGGCUAGCAUUGUGCCUCCAGUUUGAGUUGUAUCUCUGAACGUCAACACUGUUCUCACUCCAUUCAGCUUUGUGUUUGUGUUCACACAUCUGCAUGAGGCAAAGUCUAUGUAAUCUGCCAGUGGUGCAUUUACUAAGGAUGGCAGACAUGUAGUUGAAGAUUGAAAUUUUAUGUCUGAGGUGUGUGUGCGUGUGUGUUUGUGUGUAAAGAUGGAAAUUAUGUGCGUGUUGACCAUGUGUGUGUGUGUGUGUGUAUUUGUGUGUGUGUGAGCGUAUGUGUGUGAGCAGUUUAAGUAUGACAUGUUGAAAUGAUGUGACCUGUUAGCAUGCUCUGGUUCCCCUGCUCCUCUUUUUUUUGUUUGUUUUUUUGUUUGGGUUUAGUUUUGUUUUUCUGGCCCAGGGUUUAACAGCUCAAAUAAUCAUCAUUUUCUAAGUGAAAGUAAACAGAACGACAGACAACACUGGCUUCUGCUAAAAUAAAGGACCUGAGAAUAUGACAGAUACCAGGUCCAUUUAAAGUAAAUGUGAACGUGGGAGUUCUGUGGUAUUUUCCAGCAUGGUGUUGGUCCACUUGAACCGUGAAGGCCAAUGUAACUGCCUGUUACUAUGAAGCCAUCCUGUGUAAUCGCCAUGACGAUUAAGUGUCAUGGUAGUAGUUGCCUCCAGGAUAUGGCAGCCCAAUACGCUGUACUUAAUCUAGCCUUACUAAUACUCUGACUUGUCAUAUGUCCUUUAGUUUGGCAGUUAGCAGUGUUAUGGGUUUUUUUUUUUGGUUUUUUUUUCCCAGGAUGCUUUUGGGAAAUGUCUCUGCUUGGGCUAACUCCAUCUUUGGGCCAGGGGAGAAGAUUAACAACCUGUUCUUCUUCAAAUCCUCAACUUUUCUUUCUCAGAUUGUAUAUCCAUUUUUUAAGAUAUAUUAAAGAGAAUAUAAAUAAAA